ACUCAUGGCCUAUCUAUGUGUAUGUUUAAUGUAUAAAUUUGAGUGUAUUGGUAGUACGUGAGAGGUUCGUGCGCGCAUCCAUGUGGCCCGACACGAGAGCUAACCGACCAAGUGGCCCGAACCGCGCCGGAGAAGAGAACCGCGCGGCUCUCGUUCAGUAGUUUCUCGGACGCCACACCGGCAUCAUCCAACCUCCAUCAACCGAGAGAGAAAGAUAAACACUGAUCAGUUGCAAACCUCAAGUGCCUAUCUGAGUGCCCACCCCCUUCAUAUCACAUUACAAUCACUUAUUCCAAUUGUUCCAUCACCAUUUCUCUUAUCUUCAUAAUCACCAUUCUCAUUGCUCCAUGCAAAUUUUUUUUAUUGUAAGGGCGGUUUACAAUUUUGCCUGUAAAGAUAUCACUUUAACGUCAUUACACUUGAUUAGUUCAAUGAUCUGUGUGUCUUAUCUCGUUGGCACUCUCAGCGACACGCGAGUGAAUUAUUAAUAGUGAAUGACAAGUGAUGUGUGUUGUUGUGAGUGAACAUGUGUGAACGUUGAAUUGUCUUGGGGGUGAUUGAUCGCUCGUAAUUGACUGCUGUUGUAUUAGAUCAUUGGUAGUCAUGCUUGAUUUAUAUUGAUUAUGGUGCAAUCAUUUGGUAUAUUACAUAUCUCAUCGGUGUGAAACGAAAACAGAGAGAGGAAGAGGAAAGAGGAAGACCCGUUAAGGUGAAACAGGGGACGUGGUGGACGGUUAUGUUCUUGCGAUUGAUCGAGGAAGAUCAUCUUUGAUAAAGUGAGAGGGACAAUAUCAAGUGCAAUAUCCGUGGGUAGAAGGUAGGGAAGUGCGAGGUCGUUGGAAGGUAACUGGUAGUCGAGGAAGUUAGUACUGUGCAAUGCACCAGCAACAUACCACCUGUCUAUAUCCUAUUGAAACAUAAAAAGAAAGAGGAGGUGGCAUCGUAACUCAGACGGCACUGGUAGACUAGGAAGUCGUCAGUAUUGCGGCAAGACGAGUCUCCGGAAUGAUUAAACUCGAUUUCAAAUCAAAUCGAUUGAACAACGGAUAAUUCAUUAGGCUUUCCUGAAAGUUCUACUAAAUAAAUAUCUGAAUGUCUUCUCAAGAGUGACAAAGCUUUCAUCAAUCCGAUCAAUCCUUUUUAUUUUCUUGACGUUUAUUUUUUUCUCUUAUGAAAAUUUCUAACUUGUUAAAUCGACAUCGCAAUAAUGCGAGAGCAGAAGAAAAGAAGGGCUCGGUUGUUGUUGAGCCGACAGUGUUGUUCACUGUCCUCUUCCCCUGGAUACGCUUGUCUCGCAGAAGAAGCAAUACGGAAGCCAACUUUAUCGCGAUUCUCCUGAAAUGAUCAUUGUUAUUCAGCCGCAAAAUAUUUCAACGGUUUUCAAAAUUGAAAACUCUGUCAACGUGUUGAUUGCCGACAUUAAAAUAACGGGAUAGAGAAGAAAAAAAUAAGAGGGUAGAUGAGAGCGUCAUGCCCGGUGAGAUCGAUACGGGCGGGCCAAGCGUGCUGCAUCGUUAUUCCGACGGUCCAAAAUCGAUCUUCACCCAAGAGGAGGACAACUCGGUGCAGCUCGCUCAAGAUGAUAAUACUGGUGUUGAAAAUAAAAGGACUUGGUGGCACGGACUUCCGAGGGAGUUGUGGCAGGUACAACGAAAAGAGAGCAGAGAUUGGUCGCGGAGAAGAGUAUUGGAAAAAAUCAUUGUCACCAAUGAUAACAACGAGCUCGUGAAGAGCCAUCAGAAUUUUCUUGACUGGAAGACAGAAACGUUAAAUCAUCAGUGGAAUCGGGGAGAUUCGGCUGAAUCACAGGCCGAUCCUCGAUUUCGCCUGGGUGUCGUGGAGACAGACCUACAAGGAUCGUCAGAGCCUUCCGAGAUAUCUAGUCAAUGUUUUUCAUCAUCGGAUAAUCGUAGAUAUAUCAAUCUCAAUUCGCAUGGACAUACCGAUCAUCAAUGCGGAGUGAUUAAAAGAUGGUUUGUGGAUACACGUUAUAAAUUUAAUGCUGAAAAGAAAAAGACUAAAUGGCCAUCGAAGAGACUAUUUUACAUAGAGUUUGUGCUAUUACUGUUGCUCAUUGUGAUUGGACACACGAGGGUAGUGAAAUCGAGUUUAAGGAUAGCUACUAUUGGUACGUUGUUCGGGGUAGUCGGGGCAGCUCCCGUAGAGCUGGACGCUGGCAUCCGGGCCGAGAGGUCAGCCAAUUUGUCACACAUCACUGGGGCAUCGAGAAAAAUACGGAUGUACAUUAAAAAUCGUCACCUCCAGAUACUGUCGGAUGGUACUGUCAAUGGAUCCAAUGAUGACACUUCAGAUUACACGAUAUUCCAAAGGACGUCGGUGUCUCGGGGGCAACUACGAAUUCAAGGCGUUGCUACUUGUCUCUAUCUCUGCAUGGAUUCCUGCGGUCUGCUCUACGGCUCCCGCGAAUACACAGAGGACUGUCUAUUCAACGAGACCCUGGAGCAGCACAACUACAACACCUAUAGCUCAGUCAGAUGGUCAACACCCCGGAAGACCCUCUACCUAGGUUUGAAUCGUCAUGGACAGCCGAGAAGGGUGCAAGCUCGUGGUCAUAAUUUAGGUAGAUUAUCGGCUUAUGCUAGAGUCCUCACUCAGGUAGCCCCACCAGAUCGGGUUGAGGCACUACAUAGUCGUAUGCUGGGUGCCCAACACGGUGUACGUCAUCACCACAACAGCCACCAUCAUCGACAUCUUCAGCAGACAGUAUGUCCCACCCUCCAGCCGCAGGAGAAAGACGGUCGGGAUAGAUUCAGAUGUCGUAAGCGGAAAAAACGAAAAAAAAGAAAGAGACGAUGCGAAGAAGGUGAGCCACUUGGUUCUCAUUGUGAGAUUUAUCAAAGAGACAGUGGACAUCGUGCAAAUGCAGAAGUCCCUGGUGAGGGCCCACCAACGUCCAAACGUUCGUGCGAAGAUGCGGCUAGUGAUGAGUUUUGUCGACGGCAGGCACUCAAUGCACCUUCAAAGAAACGAAAAUCACGGAUAGAAAUUGAUAGUAAGAAAGAGAAUAAUUACCAAGUGAAAAAGAAAGACACGAAGAAGAAGAGUGGAAAGAAAUCUUCGACGGAUGCUCCAGGAGACGCGAGGGCUACGAUGCCUACGAUCAUUGGAGGUGGUAAGCGUAGAGAACAGAUUUCCAAGAGAAAUAACCAGGGAAAGAAGAAAAUUCCUAAUCGAUCAACUAGAACAACGCUUCCAGUUUUGACGGAUUAUUCCAAUCAGAGCUCGAUUUCUUGGCAGUCAAUGUCUACUACAGUUAUGAUGUCGAAUCCUCGAAAUCUAUCAGCUUUAACGAAAAAAAGAGUUACUGGCUCGAUGAACAUUGAAAAAUCUAUAUUGGAGAAGGAGUUAAAUUUUAUGCACGAAAAGAGUUUUGAUUUGAUGACGACGAUUUCUACUGCUGAUUCUGAGGAGAAUAGUUCUUUACAAUCACCCUUUCACGUCUCGGGAGAACCAUCGGUUUCAAGUUUCACUGAGGAUUCCUCUACUGAGGUCAGUGGUGAAGAUCUGGAGAACGAUGAUGAGCAAACGACUCUAGCUCUUGAUUAUAGUACUGCGAUGACUACUAUGGAUACUAUUCCACCAGAGAGGACUGAGGAUUACACUAAGGCCACAACCCCAACGAUCUUGAAGUCACUGGAGGCCAGUAGAAGGCUGGAUCAUGAAGCUGAUGCUUCAGGAAUUCUUGAAAGAUUCUCUUUCGGUAGACUUACCAUGUAAAGACAGUUGUCAGGAUGUUCUUAUGUAAAGUGUAUAUAUGUAGUUAAAUCAAGGAUUGAGUAAUUGUAUGAUGAAUUGUCGGCGAUGCAUUCAUAGACUUCUUGAGUGAGAAGAGUAUUUUAUUUGGAUUAAGAGAGGAAGAAUCUAGUUUUUUUUUUGUCGUGAGAAGGCAUGAAAUCUUUCUUUCAAAUCAUCAUUGUAAAAUUCCGGAGAAAUCCAGUCCGGGAUGACUAAUCUAGUUGGCUUAUUUAUUGAAGAUUUAUUUAUUUGCGAAUGCUUCAGACAAAAUGAAGUGUGUUCUUCGCGUUUGAUCACUUGAGGAUCACAAUUGUUGAUCUUAAGUAACGGUUUAUCGUGAUUGCGCGUACUUUCAUGGUGGAUUGGAACAUUGAAAAAAAAAAAAUUCACCCUUUAACAUUGAUUUAGACAAUUGUUUAUUCUGUAACAAUUAUAUGACACAAGUAAGUUCUACAGCUUUACCAUCCAUCAACACGUUCCUGACCGUAAUGGUCGCUCUUCAUGGACAGGCCUUGAUUAAUAUAAUGAACAAUUAAAAAACGACUAAUUGAAGAUACUCAUUUUAAGAUCGAUAAAUAAAAACAGUAUUAAUGCUUGAAGUACGUAAUUUCAGUUUUAGAACAAUGAACUAUGAAGGAAAAGUAUUGUCCAAGGCAAAAAUCUCAGAGUCGUAAAAAGAUCGAUCAUUCUUAGCUGUUUAAUAUUAAGAAAUAUUGUGGGUGUACAUAUAGUUAAAGUGCGCGCGUCAAUGAUUACUGUACGCUUGAAAUAAAAAAAAGUGAGAAAUUUAAGAACAGAAAAUUGCGCAUACUGCCAUUAAAACAAGAAACGAAUACUACAUUAAAUCUCAUAGACUGAUGAACAGACAAAACUAAGGAUAGGCAAAUAUUUAACUAGAAAAUCGGCAUGUCGAAGAUAAAGAUUUGAUGAAGAUGUAAUCUUUUUUGUAAUUGUCAAUUCGACAGCCAAUUUUGCGGAUUUUACUCAUUCUCCGUUCUCUUACCAAAAUAUCCACCACUGCGGUUACCCUUGUGAUAAUCAUUUCAAAACAGCAAACAAAACAUGAUAAACAAAUAAUUUUCAAAUAAUCCCUUACCUGAAGAAAUCAUUCUCAACGAUUAAUAGAGAAA